AUGGCGGGCCGGCGGGCCGGGGCCGGGGCGCUGCUGGCGCUGCUGGCACUGCGGGCGCUCGGGGCAUCGGCGCACCCGCAGUGCCUGGACUUCAGGCCGCCCUUCCGGCCGCCGCAGCCGCUGCACUUCUGCGCGCAGUACUCGGCCUUCGGCUGCUGUGCUCCUGAGCACGACGCGGCGCUGGCCCGGCGCUUCGGGGCCCUGGCGGCGCGCGUGGACCCCGCCCUGUGGGCCGAGUGCGCCGGCUACGCGCUGGACCUGCUGUGCCAGGAAUGCUCGCCCUACGCUGCCCACCUCUAUGACGCGGAGGACCCGGCCACGCCGCUGCGGACGGUGCCCGGCCUCUGCGAGGACUACUGCCUGGACAUGUGGCAGACGUGCCGGGGUCUCAUCCGCCACCUGUCGCCGGACCGCGAGCUCUGGGCUCUGGAGGGCAACCGCGCCAAGUUCUGCCGCUACCUGUCCCUGGACGACGUGGACUACUGCUUCCCGCGCCUGUUGGUCAACGAGAACCUCAAUUCCAACCUGGGCCGCGUGGUCGCCGAUGCCAAGGGCUGUCUGCAGCUGUGCCUGGAGGAGGUGGCCAACGGGCUGCGCAACCCGGUGGCCAUGGUCCACGCCCGGGACGGCACCCACCGCUUCUUCGUGGCCGAGCAGCUGGGGCUGGUGUGGGCCUACCUGCCCGACCGCUCGCGGCUGGAGAAGCCCUUCCUGAACAUCAGCCGGGCCGUGCUCACCUCGCCCUGGGAGGGCGACGAGCGGGGCUUCCUGGGCCUCGCCUUCCACCCCCGCUUCCGGCACAACGGCAAGCUCUACGUCUACUACUCGGUGGGCGUCGACUUCCACGAGUGGAUCCGCAUCAGCGAGUUCAGGGUCUCGGAGGAUGACGACAACACCGUGGACCACGACUCGGAGAGGAUCAUUCUGGAGAUUGAAGAACCAGCCUCGAACCACAAUGGGGGCCAGCUGCUCUUUGGGGACGAUGGGUAUCUCUACAUCUUUACCGGAGAUGGCGGGAUGGCUGGAGACCCCUUUGGAAAAUUUGGAAAUGCCCAGAACAAGUCGGCGCUGCUGGGCAAGGUGCUGCGCAUCGACGUGGACCGCAACGAGCGCGGCCCGCUCUACUACAUCCCGCCCGACAACCCGUUCGUGGGCGACCCCGCCGCUCGGCCCGAGGUCUACGCCUUCGGGGUGCGCAAUAUGUGGCGCUGCUCCUUCGACCGCGGCGACCCGGCGUCGGGCGCAGGCCGCGGGCGCCUCUUCUGCGGCGACGUGGGCCAGAACAAGUUCGAGGAGGUGGACCUGGUGGAGCGCGGCCGCAACUACGGCUGGCGCGCCCGCGAGGGCUUCGAGUGCUACGACCGCAAGCUGUGCGCCAACACCUCGCUCGAUGACGUGCUUCCGAUUUUCGCCUACCCCCACAAACUGGGCAAGUCUGUCACUGGGGGCUAUGUGUACCGGGGCUGCGAGUACCCCAACCUCAACGGCCUCUACAUCUUCGGAGAUUUCAUGAGCGGGCGUCUGAUGUCCCUCCGAGAGAACCUGGGGACAGGCCAGUGGCGGUACAGCGAGAUCUGCAUGGGCCGCGGCCAGACCUGCGCAUUCCCAGGCCUCAUCAACAACUACUAUCCACACGUCAUCUCCUUCGCGGAGGACGAGGCCGGGGAGCUGUACUUCAUGUCAACAGGUGUGCCGAGUGCCACAGUGGCACGUGGGGUUGUCUACAAAAUGAUCGACCCCUCCAGGCGGGCCCCGCCCGGCAAGUGUCAGAUCCAGCCUGCCCACGUGAGGGUCAGGAGCCGCCUCGUCCCCUUCGUGCCCAAAGAAAAGUUCAUCCGGAGGACAGAGAGCAACCCGCGGCCCACAGCGCGCGCGCCCACCACCAAGGCUCCCCGCCGCAGUCGCCCCACGGCCGCUCCGCUUGCGCCCACCCCGCGGCCUGCACGGCCCACGGGGCGGCCUGGACGGCGGCGGGGCGGCGGGCGGCGGCGGGGACGGCCGGGCACCGCCGACCCCGCGCCCUCCAACGGCGCUGUGCGUCUGGUGCGGCCGGCGGGCCUGAGCCCCGGCCGCGGGCGCGUGGAGGUGUUCGCGGGCGGACGCUGGGGCACCGUGUGCGACGACGCCUGGGACACCAAGGCCGCCACCGUCGUGUGCCGCCAACUGGGCUUCGCGUACGCGGUGCGGGCCGCCAAGCGCGCCGAGUUCGGCGAGGGCCGCGCGCUGCCCAUCCUGCUGGACGACGUGCGCUGCGCGGGCAGCGAGCGCAACCUGCUGGAGUGCGCCCACGCCGGCCUAGGCUCGCACAACUGCGGCCACCAGGAGGACGCCGGCGUCGUGUGUAGCCGCGAGGACCCCGAUCUGUAGGCGAGCACCGUCUGCCCAGCCUGACCGUCCGUUGUUCAUCCGGGGCUUGGGAGGCCUCUCCCUCCAGCCAGGGUGCGCCUGGCGCGCGCACUGGCGUCGCGGGUGGAGGGGGCCGAGGGCGGCGUAGGCGCGGCCCAUCUGUCAUGCCCUCCUGUGGAUGCGUGCGAGGUGUGUGCACUGCCCGUGUGAUCUUUGUGUGUUCCUGCCCGUGUGUCUUCUGCAACCCGGAAGUUGUUGCGUGGUCCCUCGGGGUGUGGUCUGCAGCCCAAGUGUUCCUUUCUUACCUCCCAGCAUCUCAGGCAGCAGCAGGAACACAGUCUGGUGGGACUCUGAGCCCUGAGGGCAGCCACCCUUCACCAGCAGACCUGGCCCCUGGCUGCAUUAACAGAGGCAUAGCUGGUGCGCCAGAGGGAGGGGACCAGGCCUGCCCUGCCGGUGGAGGGGGAGGAGUGUGGCCUGAGGCAAGUGGUCCAGAGGGCAUGGACCAGCGGCCUGGCAGUCAGAGUUGCUGAGGAGAAUGCAAAGGCAUCUAGUGGGGACAAGGGAAGCCAUCAGACUGAGGAUCCAGGGUGACCAGGAGGCCAUGGCUGCUCCAGUGAGGGUCAGGCUGACAAGGAGGAAGGGAAUGCCUGGGGGGAGGGGCUGCCAGGGGGCACUGGAUGACUUCAGGGAGAAGCCUCCUGGCCAUCAUCAGGCCGAGCCUGCAUGGGUUGCUCUGGGGAUUGUGCUGGGCUCCCCCCACCCUGCAGCCCGACUCCUCUGCUCCCUGGGACAGAAGCUACCACACUGGCUGGGCAUAGCAUCCACCAAGCACUCCUGGCACCAUGGUCACUGGUGAGGCUUCAAGUUUCUCCAUUUUCAAGCCUGUGCCAGGGCCCUCUCUGUCAUCUCUGUCCCCACGCCUGCUCAGUGAAAGCCUUGGGAAGCCUCUGAUUCCUCCAGCCCAACGCCAGGGGCCAACCUGGCUAUGGGCCCGUGAGACUACUGAUGUUCUGUCACCCAGGGCUGUGCCAACAACGUGACUGUUUACAACCCC